UGCAUCUGGCACAAAUCGAUGCAUGCAUUUUUUUAAUGGUAAAGAGAAAACUCAUGGAAACCAUACUUCAACUUGUUAACCCUAAUGUUGAUGUUUCCAAAGUUACAUGGAGUACACCACAGUUUUGGAAUUUAUGGGCAUAUGCCAUAAAUGCCUUAGCAGUGUUAGCACCCAAAAUGCCAAAAGAAUUCGUAAGAUACGACGGCACGGUUAGAUUAUUAAUGCUAUUGGACUGGAGUUUAAGUACAAAGCCUGAUACAAAGAUAAUAAUGAAUUGUACAAAAACAAUCUGUACAAUUAUUCUAAAUGACAAUAUAUUUUUAAUAGAAAAUUUUCGAGAGUAUGGAGCAAUAUUAUCAUUAAUUAGUUAGCGUUUUCUUUAUGAUUAACGUUGACUUUUAUUUGUUCAUCAUUUUAAUAUUGUACAGCAACAUUAUUAUUCCCCAUAUAGAACUGAUUAAUUAUAUUUUGAAGUUUGAACAAAUUCCAACACAGAAGCAAAGAAUUUUAACAUUGGUGUUAGUCACACUUGAGAGACUUUUGAAAAAACAAUCAUUUUACAAAGAAAUGUAUGGAGAACAAAGUAUUAUAUUUAUUAUGGAAUUGUUAUUUCAAUGUUUGUACCAGAAAGAUAAAGAAAAUCAGAUAGAUCAACGUCUUUUGUUAGCAAUAGGUUCAUAUAUUUGGGAAUGUAUAGUUCAGUGUCCAACGAAUCUUGAAAGAUUUAUCAAAUAUGGAGCAGUAUACGUUAUUCUUGACAUCAUUCAAAUUGUUCCAUAUCUCUCUCAAUGUUUAUUUCUUGGUGUUUUAACCGAUAUGUGUGAUAAUUUUUUCUGUGGACCUUAUUUGUGUACUUGGAGAGGAAUUGAUAAGAAAAAUGGAUUGAUGUCCUUGCUAACUACAAUAUGGAGAGAAGAAGAAAUUCGAAUAAAAGUUGAAAGACACACAGAUGACGAAGAAUUGUCUCAAAUGAGCAACAGACAGUGGAUAGAAACAUACCAUACAAAGUUAUGUGGAAACAUUAGCCCAGCAAUACACGAUAUGAUUGGUUCUGUUAGAUCAAAAAUAUACAGUAUUCGAAAAAUAAUUGAGAGAGAUAUCGAAAAAUACGAAAUGGCAAAAGAGCAUUAUAAAAUAUUGUACAUUGAUCUUCCAAUGGAAGACAGAAUCACAAUGUCUUCCAUAGAUUUGUAUUUUAAAUUAAAGUUAGGUGAAACAUGGGUAGAAAUUGCUAGAUAUUUUGAACAAGUUGGCAUCACUCCACUUGGUAUGGAUGGUCAGGCAAUCUUUCUAAUGACGCAACAAUAUUAUUCGUUUGGAGUAAUGAUAAAAGAGAGACAAAAGAGAAUAGUACAAUUUGUUAAAAGGGAAGAGGAAAUACAAGAAAAAGAUGAGUAUGCAAGGAUUCGUGAUUCUAAGCUUGCUCUAUCAUUAGAUGCAUUCGACGAAUUAGAUUAUAUAUAUAGAACAACAAAUAGAGCAUACAUGUUAAAAAAGAAAAAUGAACAAAGGCAGCAAAUUAAUUUAGCCUUGAAUUUCCCACCUGACUCGAACAAUGCACACUGGCAUAGAACAUUCAUGGACAAACCAGAGUCUACGGCCAUAUAUGAUCAAAAUCAAAGAAUAAUUAGUAGUUUAGUAACAGAUUCAAAUCUUGAUCAAAGGAAGGUUUCAUCUAUUUCACCAUAUCAUUCAGAGAUUUUUGACGAAAUGUCUUGUUCUAUGAUAAGCAAUAGCUUGUUCGAAAUAGAUGAAUUAUGA